CAGACAGAAGAUGGCGAUAAUGCACCUAAAGCUGGUUGCCAACCGUCAUUAAAACAGCUGAGGAAGAAGACGAAGACGACGACGAAGAAGAAGUGCGUUUGGUGUAGCUGCAGCCGGACGUUAUUCUCGUUGACGGUCACAGCUCGGCAACAUGGCGGCGCCCAGUCUCUCUUCAUUACUCAACAGGGUGCAGUUAACUAUAAAGUAUGUCUCGCUGCAGUCCAGAUGCUGUGCACUGCACAGCAAGGCUCAAUAUUCCACAGUCUACAAUCCCAGUGAGCAGACUUUUGAUAAGAUCCUCAUUGCCAACAGAGGAGAGAUUGCUUGCAGGGUGAUCAAAACAUGUAAGAAGAUGGGGAUCCAGACUGUAGCUAUUCACAGCGAUGUAGACACUAAUGCUGUUCAUGUAAAGAUGGCUGAUGAGGCACUGUGUGUUGGCCCUGCCCCUACUAAUAAGAGCUACUUGAACAUGGAUGCCAUUAUGGAUGCCAUCAGAGCAACUGGAGCACAAGCUGUUCAUCCUGGCUAUGGGUUUCUUUCCGAAAACAAAGAGUUUGCAAAGCGACUGGCAGCGGAGGGCAUAUCAUUCAUUGGCCCAGAUACACAUGCUAUCCAGGCAAUGGGGGAUAAAAUUGAGAGCAAGCUGAUCGCUCAGGCUGCUAAGGUCAACGUUAUUCCAGGAUAUGAUGGAGUCGUAAAGACUGCUGAGGAAGCUGUGAAGAUCGCAAAAGACAUUGGCUACCCUGUGAUGAUCAAAGCAUCUGCAGGAGGAGGAGGGAAAGGAAUGAGGAUUGCUUGGAAUGAUGAGGAAACAAGAGAAGGUUUCCGCCUCUCAUCUCAGGAGGCAGCGUCCAGCUUUGGAGAUGACAGGCUGCUCAUUGAGAAGUACAUAGACAACCCCAGACACAUAGAGAUACAGGUGCUGGCUGAUAAACAUGGUAAUGCUCUGUGGCUGAAUGAGAGGGAGUGCUCGAUCCAAAGGAGGAACCAGAAGGUGGUGGAAGAGGCUCCCAGUACUUUCCUGGACAUAGUGACACGGCAGGCAAUGGGUGAUCAGGCAGUUCAGUUAGCCAAGGCUGUGCAGUACUCUUCUGCUGGCACUGUGGAGUUCCUGGUGGAUUCCAAGAAGAACUUCUACUUCCUGGAGAUGAACACACGAUUACAGGUGGAACAUCCAAUUACAGAGUGCAUUACUGGCCUGGACCUGGUGGAGCAGAUGAUCAGGGUUGCCAAGGGUUACCAACUGCAGCACAAACAGGAAGAUAUACCAAUAAAUGGAUGGGCUAUUGAGAGCCGUGUCUACGCUGAGGAUCCUUACAAGUCUUUUGGUCUUCCCUCUAUUGGACGACUGUCCCAAUACCAAGAGCCACUCAACCUCACAAAUGUCCGUGUAGACACUGGCAUCCAGGAGGGCAGUGAAAUCAGCAUCUACUAUGAUCCCAUGAUCUCCAAGUUGAUUACCUAUGGAGCUACACGAGCUGAAGCCCUUGCCAGGAUGGAGGAUGCUCUAGAUCACUAUGUUAUCAGAGGUGUGACCCACAACAUCCCCCUCCUACGGGAAAUCAUCACCCACCCUCGCUUCAUUUCUGGUGACAUCAGCACCAACUUUCUGCCAGAGAUUUACCCUGAUGGAUUCAAGGGCCACCAGCUGGAGGUGGACGAGCGCAUGGAGCUGUUAGCCUCAGCAGGAGCGCUCUACAUCACUGCUCAACUCCGUUCGCAGAAGGUCUUGGACAACCUGAGGGUGUCAACGACCCCUACGGAAUGCAGCCAUUGGGAGUUGUGUGUGGAGAUGGGGGAGGGACGCCAUACUUUGGAGAUUACCAAAUCAGGAAAUGUUUAUACUGUAGAGGUGGAUGGAGUAAAGGUGGAGGUCAGUGGACAGUGGAACCUGGCCUCCCCACUACUGCCACUCGUCAUCAACGGCACAAAGAGAAUGCUACAGUGUCUGUCCAGAGAUGCUUCAGGAAGGAUUGUCCUACAGUACCUAGGCACAUCGUUUAAGGUUCGUGUUCUGUCCAAGCUGGCUGCAGAGUUGAACUCCUACAUGCCAGAGAAAGUUCCCGAAGACACCAGCAGCAUCCUGCGUUCACCAAUGCCAGGCACAGUGGUGGCUGUGUCCAUCAAGCCUGGAGACACGGUUGCAGAGGGUCAGGAGAUCUGUGUGAUUGAAGCCAUGAAGAUGCAAAACAGUCUGACUGCUGUCAAGCAAGCAAAGAUUAAGAGUGUCCACUGCAAACCGGGGGAGACUGUAGGAGAGGGAGACCUGCUGGUAGAGCUUGAAUAAAAAAAGAUAAUUAAAAAAAACCAUAUGGGACAAGCACCAAGAUGAGCCUUACUCCUGUCCUCUCCUCGCUGUCCACAGAUGAUCCACAUUGGCAGGCAGACUGCACAGUAACAGUUUUUUUUCCCCCAUCAGUGGGAAUUGAGCAAAGUUUAGUUCCCUUGAUGGUGACUCAGCGAUGAGCUAUCAGCAGUGCCACAUCCCACUCCAUCUUGCUCCUCUUGUGAUGUGUUCUGCUUGUUCUUU